CUCACUCCCACUCCCACUCCCACUUCCACUUCCACUCUCUCACACACUCUCUUAUUGUCUCUCCAUCAUGGCUCACAUUCUCCCUUUCCUCCUCCUCACCCUCCUCGCCGCCACCGCCUCCGCCCACAAUAUCACCGACAUUCUCGCCGCCAACCCCGACUACAGCGACUUCAACGGCUUCCUCUCCCAAACCGGCCUCGCCGGCGAAAUCAACACCCGCCAGACCAUCACCGUCCUCGUCCUCAACAACGCCGCCCUCUCCGCCGUGGCCGCAAAACACCCCCUCUCCGUCGUCAAAAACCUCCUCAGCCUCCACAUCCUCCUCGACUACUUCGACAACACAAAGCUCCACCAGAUCCCCAACGGCACCACGCUCUCCACCACUCUCUACCAAACCACCGGCAAUGCCAACGGCAACGUCGGCUCCGUCAACAUCACCGACCUCAAAGGCGGUAAGGUUGGCUUCGGCUCCGCUGCUCCCGGCUCCAAACUCGACUCCUCCUACACCAAAUCCGUCAAACAAAUCCCCUACAACAUCUCCGUCAUGGAAAUCAGCGCGCCGAUCAUUUCGCCGGGGAUCCUCGCGGCUCCGCCUCCCUCAGCCGACGUUAACAUAACGGCGCUCAUCGAAAAAGCCGGAUGCAAAACGUUCGCCUCACUCAUCUCCUCUAACGGACUCAUUAAAACGUUUCAGUCAACGGCGGAUAAAGGUUUGACUAUUUUCGCUCCUAACGAUGAAGCGUUUAAGGCGAAAGGCGUACCUGAUUUGAGCAAGCUCACGAACGCUGAAGUUGUUUCGCUCUUACAGUAUCACGCCGCCGCUAAGUAUCUUCCCGUUGGAUCUCUGAAAACGACGAAGGAUUCAAUUAACACGUUGGCCUCCAACGGCGCCGGAAAGUUCGAUUUGACCGUUUCCGUCGCCGGAGAUUCCCUUACGCUCCACACCGGAGUCGAUUCCUCGAGGAUAGCGGAGACGAUUCUCGAUUCCACUCCGCUUUCGAUUUAUUCUGUGGACAGCGUUCUUCUUCCGCCGGAGCUGUUCGCGAAGUCGCCGUCUCCUGCCCCGGCGCCGGGACCGGUUACUGCGCCUUCUCCCUCGCCGGUGUCAACUCCAUCGGAAGCACCUUCGCCGCUUCCGGCAUCGCCUCCGGCUCCAGCGGGAGAGACUCCUGCCGGUGCUCCGGCGGAUGCACCGUCCUCGGAGGCUGAGCGGAGCACUUCCGGCAAGAGUGACGGUGUUCACGUGAAAGCUUCUGCGACUCUCACUGUUGCAGUGAUUGCAUUGUCUGCCUUUGUGAUUUCUGCUACCUUUAUGUAAUUUUAAUAUUUUUAUAGUUUUUAUUGAUUUUCUUUUUGUAAGUGUUUUUGAGUUUUUUUUUUUAAAUUUGCGCUUUUUAUUUUUAUUUUUAUUUUUAUUUUUCCUGGGAUGUGAUUGGACGAGGGAAUUUGGUUUAUUUAUUUUUUUGUUAUAAAUUAAUUUAGGCAUGUGGUGAUGUACGACACUGCGACGUGUUAGUUGUGUAUUUUUAUUUUAUUUUAAUUUUUGAGUUAUGGAAGAUUCUGGUGUUUUUUUGGGUGGUGGAA